AUGUUCAUUCAGACAACGGAGCUUUCUGAUCAUUCAAAGGAAAAAGAAAGUGCCCAUAAUACCAUUGAUAAGAAGUUAGUUACUAUCAAUGAGGAAUCUAAGUUAGAUGAAUUCAAUUUGAGUUUAAAGAUACAUUCUGAGGACGAAGAUUCUAUUGACAAUGAUAAUGUCAAGAAUAUCAAAUACUUACCCAAUAAGGAUUUCCAAUUCACUAAUAAUGGAUCGAUAAUUUCAUCACCCAAUUCAAUUCCCAAUACGUUUAAAAACAAGUCUCAUCCUAAUGCAAAGACUAAGAGUGAGUUAGGAACAAGUCCUGAAGUAUUAACACAAAGUCCUCAAUUUAAACCUCCAAUAAUAAGGAAAAUAUCCACACAUAAUGAUGACAUUGAUGAUUUGGCGCAACAUUUAAAUGAUGAACCUAUUAAAACUUCAACUAUCAAUAAAUUAGAUAAUGAAAAGUUCAAUAAGACUCCUGAUUGGAUGCCAUCUGAAUUGAAUGAGAAAUGGAUAGAUGAUUUCAGUUCAUCUGUACGUAUAACUAAGAAAUCAUCUGAUUUAAAUAUACCCAAUUUCAAUUUAAAUUCUGGUUCAAAUUCCAUAAUUCAUAAUUCCAAUUCAAUCAAAACUCCUAUUUGGAAGAAAGUCAAACAAGAUUAUGAAGAAAAUCAACCAAAUUUACAACAUUUCUUUAACAAUAUCGAUAAAUCGAAUUCAAUGUCUUCAACUUUAUCAACACCUUACAACACCAAUUCUCAUUUAAGACAUCCUUAUAGGAAUAUUAAUAAUAAUACCCAGCAAAAUCAAGAUACUGAUAAUGAUGAAAAGAUAAAUUUGACUAAAGUACAAGUUGAUGAGUUGAAAGAGAUUUUAAAAGAUAAACCUGAUGAUUAUUUAAUUGAGAUUUCUAAUGCUUCACCAUUAAAAUUAUUUGGUAAUAAUUACAAUACUUUCACUAAAGGGAAAUUAAAUGAGAUAAUAUCAAAUUUGAAAGCACCAACUUUCAAUUUGGAUUUAAAUCAAGCACUUCAAAACUCAAAUGAACCGGUAAAGGAACCAGAAUCUGAAGAAAUCGAAGAAAUCGAGGAAGAGGUAGAAGAAGUUGAAGAGCUAGUGAAAGAGGAAAAGAGGUCUGAAGAUGAAAAAGAAAAUGCAUUUUUAUCUUCAUCCAUACCCAAAUUGAAAACUAAUAAGUACGACAACAAUGACAUAGAAGAGAAAUUCAGACUUAAAGCUAAUAAUAUUUUCGAUAACAUUCAAAAAAGGGGACAAUUUCUUAAUCAGCAUAGGUCAGUUAGUUCGAUGAGAAGUCCUUAUAGCAGAUCAGCUUCAGGAACCAUUGGGACUAAUACCAUAAUACCGAGUAAUGCCACCGCUACAUCAACACCUAAAGUUAACAAAGUUAAUACUUUAGAUGAAUUGAAUGAAUACUCCUCAUUCACUAGCGGAUUUAAUCAAGAUACCACCCAAUUCCAACAAAAUACUAAUGAUUAUACCUCAUUUAGUGAGUCUAUUGUAUCAUCUAAAAGUGCAUCGGUACAAUCUGAACAUAAUUUCAUCAACAACUCCAAUGUAAAUUCCAUGAGAUCCCAUUUGAAUGAUAUGACCAACAGUGAUGUUUCCAAUUCAAGACUUGACACAAUGUCGAAUUUUUCCAAUCAAUCACCAAAAUUAUCACCCAAUAACUUGAAAUCAUUACAAGAUCAACUUUCCAAGAAAAGUUCGUAUACUUUUGAUGAGGAAAGUAUCAAUCGAAGUACAAAUUCACAUAAUGAUGAAUUGAAAAACAAGAUCAAGGAAUUAGAAGCUACCGUUAACAGUUUCAAAAUAUACUCGAAAAACAUGGAAAGUCUUAUCGAUGAAAACAACAAUUUAAGAAAUGAAUUGAGCCAUCAAAUUCUGAAGAAUGAAUUUCCAGAGAAUUCUUUAGAGAUUGAUGAUUAUGAUUUUACUAAUGAUCAAUCCAUUCAUGAUUUCAAAUUGAAAAGAAUCAGCCAAUUGAAAUUACAAGCUAAGAAUAACAUCCCUCAUGCUGGGAAUUUGAAACCUAAUAUGAAUUUACCUAAUUAUUAUGAUAACAUGGUACUCGAUGAAGAAAAUCAUAGAUGGAUAAUGAAGGAUACAGAUAACUUUCAUGAUACGCUUGAAUCUAUUGAGGAUUUAAUAUCUGAACAAGAAGAGGAAGAUGAACAACAAGAAGAAGAUGAAGACGAAGAAGAGGAAGAAGAAGAUUCAAUUUUCCAAGAUUCUGAUCCUGAAAUCGAUGAUUCCAUCAUAUCUAAAAAUCAUUCCAAGAACGUAUCUUUCCACUUACCUCAUUCCAACCAAGUUAAUAUCAGUCCAUUACCGCAAGAUAUCACAAGAUUAUCACAAAUUGAUGAGUUGUCAUUCAGUCAACAACAGAAAAAAUUAGUUUCAAUCAUCACUGAUGCAUUGAUGGAAAUAAAUAACAAUAAGAACUGGAAUCAAAUUGAAGAAAUCGAUUUAGAAGAUUUACAAUUGACCAAUAUUAAAGAUUUGAAACACUUCUUACCUAAUUUGAUUAGGUUGAAUCUUUCCAAUAACAAUGUCAAAUUCUUGAAAGGGUUGCCUUUGAAUUUAUUAAAUUUAAAUUUGAACAACAAUGAUAUCAAGAACCUUACUUCUUUUAAUGAUUUCACCAAUUUACAAAACUUAUCGUUAUCCAAUAAUCAUCUAGUGAAUUGCAAUAAUUUACAGAGAAAUAUUCAUUUGAUUAAACUUAACUUGUCCAAUAAUAACUUGACCAACAUUGAUGGGUUAAGGAAAUUAAGUAAUCUCAUUGAACUAGAUUUAUCCCUGAACAACUUGAAAGAUGACAUCGAUUUCAGUAAAUUCAAUUUUGAAAACCUUCAGAUUUUGAAUAUGGCUGAGAACCAAAUUGUCAGUGUAAACAAUUUACAAAAUUUGAAGAAUUUAAGAGUCUUGAAUGUCAAUGAAAAUAAUUUACAAACACUUCAUUGUAAAGGUAAACACCCACAUUUAAAGAAAUUGUUAAUCAAGUUCAAUAAAUUAAAAUCCAUCAACUUUUCCAAUUUUCCAUACUUGAGAAUUUUAAGAAUUGAUGGUAAUGAUUUCCAAGAAGUUAGAGGGAAAUUGAAAUAUAUUGACGAAAUAUCAUGUAAAUCACAAUCUGAUUUAAUGCUUAAUAAACUAAAUGAAUUUCAAACUUUAAAAUCAUUGGAUUUAUCAGGUAAUCUCGAUUAUUUCAGUCACAUGACCACCACAUUCCCAAAUUUGAAUAAAUUGAAUUUAUCUGCCAUAAAUUUAACAAAUUUAAAUAUCAAUUUUAAUGAAAUAUUCCCUAAUUUGAUUGAACUUAAUUUAAACUUCAAUAAAUUGAAUAGUUUGGAAUUUUUAAAAGAUUUAAAAUUCUUGAAAAGAAUUUAUUUGGUCAGUAACAAUUUGACUAAAAUUGAAGAGAUCAUUAAAAAUUUGAGAAACUCCAGAUUAAGUUUGAAAGUUCUUGAUUUCAGAUUGAAUUCUUUGAAUUUGGAAUUUUAUCCUUAUGUAUUCAAUCCUCAAGAAUUGGAGAUAAAUAGUGAGUCCAUGAUAAAUGAGAAUUUUGAGAAUUUAAUUCAACUUGAAACUCUUGAUGAUAUUGAGAACUUUGCUAUUCAUUAUGAAUCAUUGAAUAAUAAUCCUAAUGAUUGGGAAUCAAGAAAUGAAACUUUCAUCAAGAAUUUGAAGCAUAAUAAGUAUAAAAAGCGUUUGAAUUAUCAAACUUUAUUAAUUAAUUAUUUCCCCAAUCUAAAGAAACUUGAUGGUUCUAUGAUAGAUAACGACAAACGAAUGGAAUUCGAGAUUAACUUGAAGAAAUAA